CUUUAAAAAAGAGGACAAAAGUCCUGCUAAAUGAAAACUAACUGAGCGCGAGACAGAUGCUCAGCAUCACUUCUGUGUCUGUCUGUCCAGAGGCACGUGCUCGAGCGGGGGCGCGAUGCGCGCGAGAGUGGGAGGACGCUCGCGCUGACGGGGUUCGAGCACAGCUCGCGGUCAAUGCAGUGAUGGUGUGAGUGUCCGAGAGCCACAGCCUUGACUCCUCUGACAGGGUAAGUGUGUUUCAACAUGAGGCGCGAGCGCAGAAGUCCGGAACGCCUCGGCUUCUGUGUUGUAGUGUGUUUAGACGCGCGCCGCGGCCUGACUAGUUAAGUUAACCAGCGAUUAUUUUCUGAAGAGCACAUGAAAGUCCACCAUCAUCAUCAUCAUCCAUCAUCUGUGCUGCUGUUACAGUCGGACAUGCUGAAGCCGGGCGAGCCGAGCGGUUCUGCUUUCCUCAAAGUGGACCCGACCUACAUCCAGCACUGGCAGCAGCUCUUUCCGCAGAAUAGCGCACUGAAAGCCGCUUCUCUGCCGCCUCCGGUGCCGCUGGAGAACCUCCGCCUGCAGAGACCCAGCCUGAUAUCCUCCUCCACCUCCUCCAGCUCCAGCUCCUCCACCGCGUCCCCCGCGGGUCAGAUCGUGCUGUUCGGCCACACGCUGAGCUCCGACACCGGCGGCGGAUCUUCUCAAGCCAAAGAACUUUGUUUGUCGUCCAACUUUAAGAAUGAUAAAGGGUCGCGGCUGAAGCUGAGCUCCGAGGAGCUGGACUAUUAUCUGUACGGACAGCAGCGGAUGGAGAUCAUCCCGCUCAACAACCACAACGGAGAGCUCAACAACCGCUGUGACAUGUGUGCGGACAACCGGAACGGCGAGUGCCCCAUGCACGGACCCCUGCACUCGCUGCGGAGGCUGGUGGGCACCAGCAGCUCCUCGGCGGCCGUUCCUCCUCCAGAGGUCCCGGACUGGCUGAGGGAUCUGCCUCGUGAGGUGUGUCUGUGCACCAGCACCGUCCCGGGUCUGGGAUACGGCAUCUGUGCAUCCCAGCGUAUCCCACAGGGGACCUGGAUCGGGCCCUUCCAGGGCGUCCCGCUGCCGCUGGAGAAGGUGCAGUCGGGAUCCGUGCGAAACACAAGACACUUAUGGGAGAUUUACGAUCAGGAGGGAACCUUGCAGCACUUUAUUGACGGGAACGAGCCCAGUAAGUCGAGCUGGAUGAGGUACAUCCGCUGCGCCAGACACUGUGGAGAGCAGAACAUGAUGGUGGUGCAGUACAGGUCGUGUAUCUUCUACCGGGCGUGUGCAGAUAUUCCUCGAGGAACGGAGCUCCUGGUUUGGUACAACGACAGCUACACGUCUUUCUUCGGGAUCCCACUGCAGUGUGUCGCACAAGACGAAAACUUGAACGUGCCGUCUUCUGUCAUGGAGGCAAUGUCACGUCAGGACUCUCUCCAGCCCUUCAGCAAGAGCCCCAAACCCUCGUCUUCCUCGCUGCUGCUGACGCGCUCCAUGGUCUUCCCUCAUCCGCCCUGCUCUCGGAGUUUCACUCUGCUGGACAAGAGCGUCCACGCCGAGUCCAGUCUGAGCCAGAUGAGCGGGAAGAACCAGCGUGUGCUGGCCAGCCCCACGUCCACCAGCCAGCUGAGCUCCGACUUCAGCGACUGGCAUCUGUGGAAGUGUGGCCAGUGCUUCAAGACCUUCACGCAGAGGAUCCUGCUGCAGAUGCACGUGUGCACGCAGAACCCCGACAGGCCGUAUCAGUGCGGACACUGCUCGCAGUCGUUCUCGCAGCCAUCAGAGCUCCGCAAUCACGUGGUCACACACUCCAGCCACCCCCCCAACAACUGCUACCUACUCCGACCCUUCGCCGACCCACCAACCACCCUCAACAACCACAUCCGCACGCACACCGGGGAGAAGCCUUUCAAGUGCGAGCGGUGCGAGCGCAGCUUCACGCAGGCCACUCAGCUCAGCAGACACCAGCGGAUGCCCAACGAGUGCAAACCCAUCAGCGAGAGCAGCGAAUCAAUUGAGGUGGAUUAACUGAUUGACCGGCCGGAAUUAAACGGCCAGAGAAAAUCAUGAUUAAAUGUCACGGACACUUAAGCAAAACCAAAGAUUUCCUCUGAGAAACUCUCAAUCACACGCAGAAAACCAAAAGCAGUUAUAAAGUAAGUGAGAUGUUGAGAGAUAUCGAUCCUGGCACAGAUAGGGGGCGGGGCUAUCGGGGGCGGGGCUAUCGGCGAGAUUAUUUAUUCAUGAGUUCCUGAAAUGAGACUGUGUUUAGAAGACAAGAACAGAACAGCAAAAACUCAUCUUCUUCAUCAGUAUUUCUGACUUGUUUUCUAGUA